CAGGUACCUUUUUAGAAAACUCUUGGCUCCGAAAACACAUAUGUUAUUGAAUAUUGGGAUGUGGCUGAUAAAACAAUAUGGCGAGUCUAUCCGCUGUGUUUACUGAGACAGAAAGAACGAACUGGCUGAAGGCGUGGCUGGCCAUUGAAAUUGCUAAGUCUGGUUUAGAGCAGUUCGUGGAGAACGAGGCUAAAACUGUACACACCAAUAUAUACAACAAUGUAUGGUCAAGUAUUCAAUCGCAAGCCACCUGUAUAGGCUGUACUACUGCAAACUUGCUGAAAUGCCCAACACAAGGCGUAUGCAAUAAACGAGGACCACAGAGUACAUGCACAUCUAUGCAUAAUAACGCGGCAAAACAACCACGAAAGUGUCCUGCUAAUGUGUGUAAUAAAGUUCAUGACGAAAUUGUAAAGCAUCAUACGUUUAACAAACCGUCAUGGAAAAAUACAAUGGCGGAACAAUGGACAACAAAUCCAUGGCAAAUAGCCAAAGCGUAUUUGCCUCCAGACGGAUAUACUGGAAAGUGUUCAGUCCAAGAUACAGACUUCAACGGAAUCAUCAGUUUUAUGAUGAACUGCAAACACUUCGACAACAAGUUUUCUUUUCCAAUUUCUACCGGAAAACACAGUCCUCCGUGUCUACUGACUAUGGCGCGAGAUAUUGGUAGAACUGUCCGUCACUCGUCCCAGUGUAAAGUCACAGACCCAGAUCUCCAGGACGUCUUCACAACACUGACUAACCUGCUUAGUGACCAAACGAGUCUUGCACAUGACGUCAAUGCUCUGGAGGCUGUGAAAAAAUUAGCAGAGCUGCAAAAGGACACCUUAAAGAUAACCACAGAGAAAAUGAUUCAUGUACUAAAGGCUGCUCAAGAUACACUUCAGAAAGUUCAAAACAUAGCUGAUAAAUCUCUGGAUGAGAUGCAGGUGUACCAUGAACAGUGUAAAACGGAUCUAAAUUCACACAUAGACAUGUGUAAACAGAAACUUGAUGACCAUACCGCCAAAUGUACAACUGAUAUAGAUGAACAUGCCAUCAAGACUUUGGAAUCGACCUAUGAGCAAUCUAGUAAAGAUUUGCGCGGACAUUUAAUUGAGUUGUAUACGACGGAGAUGAAUACUGUGUCUGUUUUGCCGCUAUGGCUGGGUCUUGACAAACCGAUCUUUGACAUUUUUGUGCAACCGAAAUUCAGUCUUUACAAUAUUGAGAAAGAUGGAUCUCGACAUAAAACAAACAAAGCGAUUUACCAAUACAAGGACUUCUUUUACAAUGAUAUAAAGCUCAAACGUGUGUUUGUGCAAGGAGACCCCGGAAUAGGAAAGUCUACAUUCCUAACUAAACUUGUGAUUGACUGGUGCAAAGCAGUUUCUUGUUGCAAUCCUGAUAACAAGGCUACAUUUAGCGAUGCUGAUACUUUGAAGGACUUUCAAUUUCUGUUCCACAUUUCACUACGAGAUGCCAUGGGUCAGCGUGAGGUUGUAGAAAUGAUCAAAACACAAAUAAUUGACAACAUUUACACGGGUGCUAAACAAACGAAAGCAUUUGAGCUUUUACACCAAAUACUUGAACGAGAGACUUGCCUCGUAACUAUGGAUGGACUUAACGAGUGGACUGAACAUUUGAAUCAGCACGUUGUACCUAGAAUACCAAGCUCUCAUACAAACUGCGUUUCGCUAAUAACAACACGACCAUGGAAAAUGGCGGACGAGCGGAUCAAAGUUUCUGUUAUUGACAGACUGCUAGAAAUUGAAGGCAUAACAGAUUCAGAAAAGCUAACAAAGCAAUUAAUACCAUGUGCAGAUGAGUGUGGAGACGAUUCUCAAGCACGGAUAUCUGAUUCUCGGUCUGAAAUGCAGUUACAUGACAUGUCUGAAAUUAAGCCAUGUGUAGAAGAGUGUGGAGACGAUUCUCAAGCACGGAUAUCUGAUUCUCGGUCUGAAAUGCAGUUACAUGACAUGUCUGAAAUUAAGAACAAUGUGGAGACGAUUCCCAAGCACGGAUAUCUGAUUCGCGGUCUGAAAUACCGUUACAUGACACGUCUGAAAUUGAGCCAUGUGCAGAAGAGUGUGGAGACGAUUCUCAAGCACGGAUAUCUGAUUCUCGGUCUGAAAUGCAGUUACAUGACAUGUCUGAAAUUAAGCCAUGUGCAGAUGAGUGUGGAGACGAUUCUCAAGCACGGAUAUCUGAUUCUCGGUCUGAAAUGCAGUUACAUGACAUGUCUGAAAUUAAGCCAUGUGAAGACGCCUCUGGAGACGAUGUCCAUGUACAUGAAUCUGAUUUGCGGUCUGAAAUACUCUCAUGUGACAUGUCACUAA